CCUUAUUCUAAACACACACACACACACACACACACAUACACACACACAUCCCUUGGAUUAAGUAGCUCUGCCUCCGCUUAGUCCCACCGCCAUGGCUCUAGUGGGUCAGGCAACGAAGCUCUGCUACGACGGCUUCGCCGGAGACGGUGUGCCGCCGUUCAUGGACGCAGCUUGUCUGGCAUUCGACCACGGGUAUGAUUACAACAAUCCCCACGCAUGGGAAUUCCCCACCGGCGCCGAGCCAGGCAACAGCAGCGCGUUCGACGUUGCCUGGACCGGCGUCUCCUCCACUUCUCCGGUGCUCACAUUCGACGCCGCCGAGUGGAUGGACGCCACGGCCACGGACCGGCUGAGCUCCUACAGCCCGUCUGCGGCCACCGUGCCGGCCUCUUACAAGCGGCCUCGUGCGCACGUGCAGCCACAGCAGGAAGCAGAAGAACAGGAAAGCAUUACUCCCAAUCCCAAGAAGCAGUGCGGCGAUGGGAAAGUAGUUAUCAAGUCAUCGGCGGCGGCUACCGGCACCAGUCCACGCAAGGAACCCCAAAGCCAAGCUGCCAAGAGCCGUCGUGAGCGGAUCGGCGAGCGGCUGAGAGCGCUGCAGGAGCUGGUGCCCAACGGCAGCAAGGUGGACAUGGUCACCAUGCUCGACAAGGCCAUCACUUAUGUCAAGUUCAUGCAGCUCCAGCUCACGGUGCUCGAGACAGACGCGUUCUGGCCUGCGCAGGGUGGCGCGGCGCCGGAGAUCUCCCAGGUGAAGGCGGCGCUCGACGCCAUCAUCCUCUCCUCGUCGCAGAAGCCUCGUCAGUGGAGCUAGCAGUAUAUAGCACCAAACCGAUACAUUAUCACUAUAAUUAACUAUAUUCCCUUUACCAAGAUCAUGGGUCCUGGCCCUUGUGUAUCAGUAACUUGGGACAAAAAGCCAUCUCAUCUUUGCUUCAUCCUCCUUUUCUUUUAUUGUCCCAUUCUGUAAAUCUUAUCACCUUGCCAUCCGAACUUUAGUAGCUAAUGCUAUUACAGUGUACCCUACUAAUUGGUUAAUAAUGAUGGUAUGUAAUUGUCUUCACAGCGUAGCAA